UGGGUAUGUGCGCUCGUGUUUUCUCGAUCUGUCUCGUUUUAGGACGAUAUUUGUUGGUGUACGUUGUGCAGCGUUUCUGCGAGCGCGGAUGGGCGAUUGAACUGGACGAGAUGGGACGCGCGCGAUAUAUCCCGUCGUGCACGUGCCAGUGGAUUUAAAGAAUCGGGGAAAUUCAUUGGCUCCACUUAGUGGUGUUCUACGGUAGCGUCGAGUAAAGCUGGACUCAAACGUGUCUUCCGCGAUUCGACGGUGGCGGCGGUGUACUCGUCCGGAGUACGCUAUCCGGUUAAUCUCGCUGGCGCAACCCUCCCCCUUCCUACGCGGAUAUCCAGCGUGAUCGAGUUCGAUCGUUCGUGGAUCGAAUGAUGCGAAGCGAUAGCGUCGCUACGGCAUAGUGCUCGGAGGAGGCGGACGGCGCGCGUUGCGUGACACGUGCAGCUGUCUGUGUGCGCGCGCGCGCGCGGCUCACACAGGAGUAUUCGGUAUACGGGAGGCGACCGCGAGGACGUGCGGGGGAGGCGACCGCGCGUCGGUGAACACUUACCUGUGAAUGCCGUUGCGAUUGUUUGCAACGUUCUCGCGUACGACGAGACGCGGAUGGUACGGCGUAACUUAUUUAGUUUGUCGUUGCCGAGUCGACUCACGGUGAACGAACGCGUCGCGUCUGAAUCGAAGAGGAGGCGACGCAUGUUUUCGCAUAGUCGCGUGAUCAGCAAAUUUUUACAUUUGGGCCAAGUUGAACACUGGUGCAUUGGUUUCAAGAAUAGUGGUGAUGCUGGCUUGAUGUUGGCACCUGGCGCGUGUCGGCCUGGCGUUUUUAAUGGUUUGGCAGUGAGCGCCAUUUCUGUGGACGAUUCGUUUCUUGUAGCUUCAAGAAGAUUACCAAUGUAGUUGUUACAUUAUAAAUGCCUAGCACUCGACAUGAAAUGACAUUAGAUUCGUUGUUAUAAAUUGUAUAGAGUGCAAAACGAAAUCAUUCAUCAUGAAACGGAGCAUAGACGGCAGGAAUCUUUCACAGGAAGAAAUCGAAGAGCAGGAUCCUUUGCAACCUCAACAGCAACAGCAAGACGAUGCAGAUCAACAACAGUUAGAGCAACAGCAGCAAACUGUCCAGCCACAGAUUCGUUUUCUAAGCGCUAAUGUGUUGCAGCAAUUGCAGCAACAGCAAGAUGUUCAGCAAGCUCAGCAGCAGCAGCAACAGCAACAGCCACAAGUUAUUACCUUGCAAAACUUUGUGCCUUUACAAGCUCAACAGCCGCAACAUGAGCAGCAGAGAACGCAAGCAAUCUCUGUUCAAUCGCUACCUCAUCAAUUCUUGCAAGGUGCUCAGAUUAUCAGCAGUGCUCAGGCACAAGCAGCUCUUCAACAGCAGCAGCAGCAGCAGCAACAACAGAGCCAGCAACAAGCCCAGCAGCAGCAAACGCAGCAACAAGCUCAGCAACAACAAACGCAACAGCAACAGCUUAGCUAUAGUGUAAUCCCACAAAUGCAGACUGUUAAUAUAGAUGGUCAGGAAGCUCUAUUUAUUCCAUCCUCAGCAAUGUCGGCUGCAAGUGCCCAUCAUCAGGCGCAGCCAACAAUGCAAUUUGCUACUGCAAAUGGUCAACAAAUGCAACUUGCCGGCCAGCAAGUCCAACUAGCAAACGGACAGACUAUUAUCACACCACAGCCAGUUAGUCUUAUAAGAGCACCGAAUGUCUUUCCUACUUCGAUUAUACAAAAUAUUACGGGACAAACUGUUCAGUUGCCGACAGGACAAAGUGUACAGGUAAGACCGCUGCAAUUUCCUAUGCAACACGUUCAGCAAGCGGUACCUGUGCAAUUACCAGUCACUGCCAAUAACGGGCAAACCGUUUAUCAGACAGUACAUCUUCCUGUUCAGUCGCUAUCCAGCGUCUUCAAUAUGCCCACGACACAAAUGAUACCACAAAUUAUGCAACAAAUACCUCAAGUGGCGCAGAUUAUCACACCGAGCGGUCAAAUUCAGCAAGUGCAAAUUGCAAGUUUACCGCAAUUGCAAAACCUUCAGAGUCAGCAAGUAACGCAAGUUGCACAUCAACAAGCACAACAACAAGUCGUCCAACAACAAACUCAACAACAAGUGGUACAGUCAGUGCAACAGCAACAACAAGUCGCCCAAGCCCAAGUACAACAACAGCAGCAAGUGCAACAAGUGGUACAGCAGGUGAUACAACAGCAACCAGCAUCGUCCCAGCAGCAGCAGCAGUCGCAACAGCAGCAGAUGCAACAGUCCUCCACUCCAUCGUCGACAGUAGCGACUUGGAGCACAACAGUUGCAUCUCCCAGCAAUGUUCAAGUACUUGGUAUAGGUACAUUAGGAAGAAACAUAACAGGAAAUACCAAUGUUAUUACCACAAAAGAUGGCCAGAAAAUCGACGUGCAGACGUUAUCUAGUUUGACGAGGCCGCCCGAAACGGUAGAAGGUGAUAUCAAAGUAACUAAUAUCGAUGCGAGUCAAUUAACUAGUGGGCAAGUGAUACAUAUCCCUGCUACACAAUCGGCUCAACCUACAGUGCAACCUAUUACGAUUACAGGAACGCAAGGACAACAGUUAACACUUAUUCCUGCGUCCGCAUUAGCAAAUUUGACCGCGCAACAAGGUAACAUGAUGAGGAAUGUGAGCAAUGGAAGUAUAAUGCAAAUUCAGCCAACCGCCGGAAUGAAUACGACCAAUGGUUUCUUACAAUCGAUACCUGUGCAAAAUAUCCCAGGCUUAGGCAAUGUGCAAGUAAUACCGGCAAGCGCAUUGCAGCCGGCUACAGUUCAAACGUUGCCGGCCACUGUUCAAGCCGCGACCACACCUAUCGUCGCGACAACACCAACCGUGCAACUCGACUCAAAUGAUCCUACCAAAUGGCAGAUUCUCCAAACUCUUCAGCACGGGACCUUGACAACGUCCGCUACACCUGUAUCUCAUCAACAGCAAAUACCGAACCCGGCCACUACCCCUACCAGUGACGAUCCUAAUAAACAGCACCGUAGAAGAGUCGCAUGUACAUGUCCCAAUUGUGGCGAUGGCGACAGAAAUAGGGAUAUAACCAGGAAACGGCAACAUGUAUGUCACAUUGCUGGAUGUAAUAAAGUAUAUGGAAAAACGAGCCAUCUACGUGCUCAUUUACGCUGGCAUACUGGCGAACGUCCUUUCAUCUGUACUUGGAUAUUUUGCGGUAAAAAGUUCACUAGAUCCGAUGAACUCCAGAGGCAUCGUAGAACCCAUACGGGUGAAAAACGUUUUCAAUGUCCAGAAUGUACAAAGAAAUUUAUGCGAUCGGAUCACCUAACGAAACACAUCAAAACACAUACGAAGAUACGGAGCACGGAAGCUGCCACUUCGACGCAGGAAGGCUCGUCUGACAGUCAGUCUUCCACUGAGCAAAAAAUAAUGAUAGCUCUGCGCAAGGAGGAGCAGUCUGACAUUAUCAUAGCAGAGCCGAUCGAAUCCGUAAAAGACUCGUCGAAUCACGUAACAAAUGACUAAAAAUUUUAUGACAUAUAAUAUAAGAUCAGACACAGCAAUCGGUCUGUCAGUAUCAAUAGAUAGGCGAAUUCAAGCCGGCAAAGCGGCGAAAAGUAUGCUUGCCGAGCGAGUAAACAUGGUUGGUUCUUAAAUCCUACCAGAGGAUUCAAUUAAUCAACAAUAAAUGUCAAUAAGUGGUUAUCGAUUAAAACAGAAAGCUUUAUUCAAAGGCACCACAACGCAAGAGAUUUUUCGCUAUAAUUUUAUACUACUAUUAAUUAACAAUAAAAUAAACGUUUCGGCCUCAAAUUAGGCCAUCUUUAGUAUUCAUAUCAAUCUUCAUAAAUUUAGGCAUUUAUACAUGUUUAUCUACCGAGCGCAAGAUUAAGUUGUUUCCCGUUUUGCAUAGUAACUUUAAUUCUACGAAACCGUUCGUCAUAUUCGAUACAAAUAAU